CCCGUUGAAAGCUGGCACGGAUAUGUGCCCGGUGGAUUGGUGAUGUUUUUAGUAGCAGAGCAGAAUCCUAGGACUGGAUGUGGGGGUGUGCAAAGUCCCAAGGAAAAGACCCAGAGAAAGGUCAGACUUCAAAGACUAGAGAAAUGUUUGCUUUGGUCGGGAGGACACCUAUGGCUGUUUACACUGUAAGGGUCAUAACACUCUCAGUUUUGGUUUUACAGGGAAAGUGGUUCGAAAAUAAGGGGUGGAGAGAAGAGGGAAAAGGCCCAGAAUUGCUGCCGGUGUGGUCCUGUGUGCCCCCCGCUGGGGAAGCGGAGACAUGCUCAUCUCAAAAGGACAGGGAGGCCGAGUUCCUGGCCAGAGUUUCAGCACAAUGGGGACUGGCUCUGAUGUGAGGGAGGGCGGCAUGUGGAGCUGGACACAAGCUAAUUCAUGGACCCUGAGGGCCAGGAAUAGGUGUUUGGGAAGCACACUGGAUACAGGCCCAGGUCCUGCCCGUCUCGGCCACUGCGCCCACAUUCAGAGAGCAGGCCUCGUGGGUGAGGACACACUGUUCCUCCUGCCAGGUUAAUCACUUCCUCACCCAGCCCAGGUCCUGCCCCAGGCAGGAAUAUAGCUCUGCCCACGGCAGCUCCUGCCCAGACUCAAAACCCCCCUGCAGCUCAGGACCCAGGAGCAUGGUCCUGGGAAGGUGGAGUUGCAGGGCACCCCUCAGGCACUGUCCCUCUCCCCAGAACGCCAUAAUGAAGGCACAUAUGCUUGUCGGUGUGCUGGUCGCGGUAGGCUUCGCAGUGGGAAAAGUUCCUGUUCCUGAACUCCGGACCUGCCACCUCUGCCUCUUAGAAGACCCCUCUGCAGGAUGCAUUUCUGGCUCAGAGAAAUGCACCAUCAGUAGUUCAUCCCCAUGCAUGGUGAUCACCAUCUAUUACAAUACCAGGGUUCGCUUCCUCAUCCGAGGCUGUGGACAGUACAAUUCUUACCGCUGCCAAGAAAAACGCAACACCUACUUCUCAGAGUACUGGUACCAGGCCCAGUGCUGCCAGUACGAUUACUGCAACUCGUGGUCCAGCCCUCAGCUCCAGAGCUCCCAGCCUGAGCCCCCUGGUGGGGCCCUGGGCCUGCCUCUGUCCAAGUCCCAGAUCCAAUGGUUCUACCAGGCCCUGAACCUCUCACUGCCCCUCCCCAGCUCCCAUGAUGGGAAGGAGCCUAAAGGCCUGGACCCCCUGGCUGCCCUGCCCUUGAACCUGGGCUUGUCUGUUGCCGACCUGCACCGCAUAUACUUGUUCCUCAACAACUCGGGGCUUUUGGUUCUUCCCUGGGCAGGGCCCUGACCCCUUACACUUCUUGAAUUGCAGUCUGUUCAGCAUCUCUCCCAACACCCAGCCCCCUGCUCUGGCCUCUCAGAACUCACCUUCUCUGCUCUGCUCUUUCAGACCUUCCCUUUGUCCUCCGUGUCUAUAUGGCUUUGGUUCCAUUCCCUCCUCAGAAACCCAUCAUGCCCAGUGCUCUCCUUCCUCCUGGAGAAUAAUCUCAAGUGCAGAUUCUGCUAGGCUGGCCUGGGGAAGGCAGCGGCUCCCUUGUCCUUUUCCCACCUGAGUGUGCCGUCACCCCAUCUUCCUCGUCCCCUCUGGUCUGGUCACCUGCCACCUCCAUUUAGUUCUGGCUGUCUCCCAUCCUGUGCCUGUCUCAGACGCAGGCCAGGCUGGAUUUGUAGCAAGGAGGAUGCAGAUUCCUGACUGGGCACCCUGGUGUCCCUGCCUCACUGUCUACCACCCCACUCCCACCCGGGUCUCCUGCUGCCUUUCUCAGCUCUUGUUCUGGUCUCUGUCCUCCUCAGCCUCACUGCAUGUCACAGAGUCCUGAUACCCACUUCCAUAGGUGCCCAAGGGAGGGGGGAGGGUCUGUCCUGCUCUUCUCCGUGUCCCCCGAUUUCCCUCCACAAUAAACAGACAGGGUUAAGUCUGA